AUGUCUGAGAUGUUCUACCUGUGUCUGUUACUUCAGCACUCAGGCUCCAGCCAUAGCUCCCAGGUCCUGCCUGGAGGUGUACCUGUGGGCCAGAGGACAGCCCAGGUGUCUGGGAGGUUGGGAUGUGUAGAGGGGGAUGUAGAGGGGAAAGAGAAGGGAGAAGGGGACAUAUACAGUGACAUAGACACAGACCUGUCUGAAUCAGAGAGGCUCCCUCUCCCCUCCUCCCCAUCCUCCCCCCCUAACCUCGACCUCCAUCCAGAGGUCAUCUUUCCCCAUGACUUCCAACCUGAUCUCCCUGGACCCCGAGGCCAUGCCCCUGGUCUGUUCAGCUACCCAGAUUUCCUCCCUCCACCUUUCAACUCCUGGAGCCUCCGGCAGCUGGCCGUGUUUCUCCACCCAGAGGGAAGACACCCCCCCCGCUCCAGACCUGCAGGCAUGGCGCUGGACAGGUACCUGGAGCAGCUACUGCUGCUGGAGUGGCUCCGGAUCCAGACGGUUCAGGAGGAGAGUGGGAGUGUGUCCUCUGUUCCAACCAGUCGCUACUGUUCCCACCAUGGUGCACCCUCCCUCCACAGGAGACUCAGCUCUCCCAAAUGCAUCCUCCAGUGCCAGAGAGCUUUCCCUGUUACUCUCCUCUCCUCCCUGUCUCCCUCUGCCUCGCUGUCUGGCUGCACACAUUACCACACUCGCUACCCGCCCUGUACUGGGGCCUGCCGCUCACACACCUCUCCCUGCCUCAACCCCUUCUCUGACCACCGGGGCCGUGUCUCUCUCCCCAAGAGGAGCCACAGUGAGAGUCGGGUCCACUCUGCUGAGAAGGCUUCUGGGCGUCAGAGUUGUGGGAGCCCUGCCAUGGGGAUUGGCCACCUGAAACGGAUGCAGGCUUUUGGGAACAUCCGUAACCCUGUAGCCCAGGCCAAGGGCAUCGACAGUAGUCAGGCACCCCAGACAGGCCAGGGUGAGGAGGAGGAGAAGUGGAUCUGA